AGAGAGACCUUCUUCCCCUCUCGCAAGCAAAAACCAGAAGGAGAGCCAAAGCGCCGACGAAUCGAGCCGAGCCCAACCCGCAUCGAAUCCAGCGGCGGAGCGCGCAGAGGAGGGAGAGGAGGAGCGGGGGGCGGGGAAGAUGGCGGUGACGGUGAGCUCGGCGAGCGGGCUGCUGGCCAUGCUGCAGGAGCCGGCGGCGGAGCUCAAGCUGCACGCGCUCGCCAAUCUCAACUCCCUCGUCCACGUCUUCUGGCCCGAGAUCUCCACCAGCGUCCCCGCCAUUGAGAGCUUAUACGAAGAUGAGGAAUUUGACCAGAGGCAGCUGGCAGCAUUGGUUGUUUCCAAGGUGUUUUACUACCUUGGUGAAUUAGAUGAUUCUCUGUCGUAUGCACUUGGUGCUGGACCACUAUUUGAUCUCUCCGAUGGUUCGGAUUAUGCUCAAACAAUUUUAGCAAAAGCAUUAGAUGAAUAUGCUAGCAUCAGACUGAAAGCUACAUCGGAAGAAAGAAUGAUGGAUCCAAGAUUGGAGGCCAUUGUGGAGAGAAUGUUGGACAAGUGCAUCUUUGAUGGCAAAUAUCAACAGGCCAUGGGUAUGUCUGUUGAAUGCAAGAGACUUGAUAAGCUGGAAGAAGCUAUAUCACAAUGUGAUAAUCUUAAUGGAGCACUUUCGUAUUGUAUCAAUCUAUCUCAUCAAUAUGUCAGUCAUCGUGAAUAUCGCUGUGAGAUUCUUCGAUGUCUCGUAAAGAUAUACCAGACACUGCAAAAUCCAGAUUACUUAAGCAUAUGCCAGUGUCUUAUGUUCUUGGAUGAGCCUGAAACUGUUGGAAAUAUCUUGGGCAAGCUACUUUCUGGAAGCAAGGAUGAUGCUCUCCUUGCAUUCCAAAUUGCUUUUGAUCUUGUUGAAAAUGAAAAUCAGGCCUUCCUCCUGAAUGUGAAAAAUCACCUAGACACGCUGAGUUUGCAGACUUCUGCCCAGACUUUACCAAGUGAUCAAACUUCUGCUACAGAACUAUCUGGAGAUGCCCAAAUGACAGAUAAUGUUAUCACACCAAAUGGAAAUGCACACACUGUAGAUCCAAACGAUAAACUGACAAAAAUUAAGGGGAUACUGUCAGGGGAGACGUCUAUUCAGUUGACCUUACAGUUUUUAUAUAGCCAUAAUAGGUCUGACCUUUUGAUUUUGAAGACCAUAAAGCAAGCUUUGGAAAUGAGGAACAGUGUUUGCCAUAGUGCAACUAUAUGUUCCAAUGCAAUCAUGCAUGCCGGAACAACAGUUGAUACCUUCCUAAGAGAAAACUUGGAGUGGCUAAGUAGGGCAACCAACUGGGCUAAGUUCAGUGCAACUGCUGGAUUAGGUGUCAUUCAUAGAGGCCAUCUCACACAAGGCAGAGCUUUAAUGGCACCAUACCUUCCUCAGAGUGGUGCUGCCAGUGGUGGUAGUCCAUAUUCUGAAGGUGGUGCCCUUUAUGCUCUAGGUCUGAUCCAUGCUAACCAUGGUGAAGGAAUCAAGCAAUUUCUUCGUGAGAGUCUUCGCAACACUAGUUCUGAGGUCGUUCAGCAUGGUGCUUGUCUGGGACUUGGACUUGCAGCUCUAGGCACAGCCGACGAGGAAAUAUUUGAGGACGUAAAGAAUAUUCUUUACACUGACAGUGCUGUGGCUGGCGAGGCUGCAGGCAUUGGCAUGGGAUUGCUUAUGGUUGGAACAGCCAGUGAGAAAGCUGGAGAGAUGCUUGCCUAUGCACAUGACACACAGCAUGAGAAAAUUAUCAGGGGCUUGUCACUUGGAAUUGCACUGACAGUUUAUGGCAGGGAAGAGGAAGCUGACACCUUGAUUGAACAAAUGACUAGAGAUCAAGAUCCCAUACUCCGUUAUGGUGGUAUGUAUGCAUUGGCUCUAGCGUACAGGGGAACUGCAAAUAACAAAGCUAUCCAUCAGCUUCUCCAUUUUGCGGUGUCGGAUGUGAGUGACGAUGUCCGGAGGACUGCAGUAUUGGCUCUUGGUUUUGUCCUGUACAAUGAGCCUGAACAGACUCCAAGAAUUGUGUCGCUGCUCUCUGAAUCAUAUAAUCCGCAUGUCCGUUAUGGUGCGGCUUUAGCAGUUGGAAUAUCCUGUGCAGGAACAGGAUUAAGUGAUGCCAUCUCCUUGUUGGAGCCUCUUACAUCUGAUGUUGUUGACUUUGUGCGGCAAGGUGCUCUCAUUGCAAUGGCAAUGGUCAUGAUCCAAACUAAUGAAUCAUAUGACUCUCGUGUUGGAACGUUCAGGCGUCAGUUGGAAAAGAUCAUUGUCGACAAGCAUGAGGACACCAUGAGCAAAAUGGGUGCCAUACUGGCUACUGGUAUCCUUGAUGCUGGUGGUAGGAACGUUACCAUCAGGCUUCAGUCGAGGUCAAAGCAUGACAAGCUCACUGCUGUCGUUGGCCUUGCUGUCUUCACCCAGUUCUGGUAUUGGUACCCGCUCACCUAUUUCAUCAGCCUGGCUUUCUCUCCAACUGCGUUCAUCGGCCUCAACUCUGACCUAAAAGUGCCAAAGUUUGAGUUCCUGUCAAACACCAAACCGUCACUGUUUGAUUAUCCAAAGCCGACAACCCAACAAACCACGACUGCUUCAGUUAAGCUUCCAACGGCCAUCUUAUCAACAUAUGCCAAGGCAAAAUCUAGGGCGAAGAAGGAAGCGGAGAGCAAAGCUCAAGCGGAGAGCAAAGCUCGGGAGAAAGCAGAAGCACCACCAAGUGAAGAUGCAUCUACUUCAAUGCAGGUCGAUGGUGCUGCAGAGAAGAGGGCCCCUGAACCCGAACCGACCUUCCAGAUCCUGACGAACCCGGCCCGGGUUGUCCCGGCCCAGGAGAAGUUCAUAAAAUUCCUGGAGGGCGGCAGGUACGACCCAGUGAAGCUGGCGCCCUCCGGAUUCGUCCUCCUACGCGACCUCAAGCCCACCGAGACGGAGGAAUUAGUUCUGACCGACGCCCCGGCAACUCAGACGACGAACGCCGCCGCCGCCCAGCAAGUCUCAGGCGCGGCCGCCAUGGCCGUCGACGAGGAGCCCCUCCCUCCCCAGCCAUUUGAGUACACCUCGUAAUCCUUUGUUCCCAGGAGGAAGAGAACACUUGUACUGGUUGUUUGUAACUCGGCAGCAUUGCAUGAUGGAAUCAAAUAUUUCAUUUCUUUCACAAAGCCUACGAAUCCGAUUAUUCUUUC